AUGACUGCACAGGAAAUUGCAAACAUCCCUAUGAGUUGCAGAAAAAUAUGGGCACGCAGUGUUUUCAAGAAUCAUACCGUGAUUGCCCUGGAAUCCGUUCAUUUCCGUGGAUUACUUUCGUGCGAGUAUGACCAUUCAAAACGGGAUCAGAUCAAACUGUAG